AUGUUCUUGGCAGCCCUAUCACUCAGCUUUAUUUCCAAGUCACUAAGCGGAGCCAUUAUGAAAAGUUCCAUCAGCCAAAUAGAAAGGAGAUUUGAUAUAACAUCUUCUGUUGUUGGCUUAAUUGAUGGAAGCUUUGAAAUCGGAAAUGUGUUUGUGAUUGUAUUUGUGAGUUACUUUGGAUCCAAACUACACAGGCCAAAAAUGAUUGGAAUUGGUUGCUUCAUCAUGGGCAUUGGAAGUAUUCUGACUGCUUCGCCACAUUUCUUCAUGGGAUAUUACAGGUAUUCUAAAGAAAGCUAUAUUAAUCCAUCAGUGAAUUCAACAUCAAGCUUUUCAACCUGUUCAAUUAAUCAAAAUAUGUUACUCAAUAAAACAGCACCUGAGAGAGGGGGAAAAGGUUGGGAAAAGGAAUCUGACUCAUAUUUAUGGAUAUAUGUCCUAAUGGGUAAUUUGCUUCGGGGAGUUGGGGAAACUCCCAUACAACCUUUGGGGAUGUCUUAUGUGGAUGACUUUGCUAAUGAAGGAGAGGCUUCUUUUUAUAUGGGUAUUCUGUUGGCAGUAGCAAUGAUUGGUCCAGUCCUUGGCUUUACACUGGUAUCUCUGUUUUCUAAAAUGUACGUGGAUAUUGGAUAUGUAGAUCUAAGUAAUAUCAGAAUAACUCCUAUGGACUCUCGUUGGGUUGGUGCUUGGUGGCUUAGUUUCCUUUCUGCUGGACUAUUGUCCAUUAUAUCUUCCAUACCAUUUUUUUUCCUGCCCAAAAAUCUGGAUAAACCACAGAAAGAAAGGAAAGUUUCAGUAUCUUUGAAUGUGCUCAAAACAAAUGAAGAAAAAAAUCAAAUGGCUAUUCCAAUAGACCAUGGGCAAAAGGUGACUGUAGAUAUAACUGGUUUUCUCCAGUCCUUAAAAAGCAUCCUUACCAAUUCUUUAUAUGUUUUAUUUUUGUUUUUGACAUUGCUACAAACCAGUGCCCUUACUGGUAUUAUUACUUAUGUCUUCAAAUACACAGAACAACAAUAUGAUCAACCACCAUCUAAGAUUAGCAUUGUGCUUGGAUUCGCAACCAUGCCAACAAUUGCAUUUGGAAUGUUUGUGGGAGGAUAUAUCACAAGAAAAUUCAAAUUUACCUUGCUUGGAAUGGCCAAACUUUUACUUUCUAUCAGUAUAUUGUCCUUCACACUUCACCUAUUAAAUUUUGCACUAAUCUGUGAAAACAAAUCAGUUGCUGGCCUAACCUUGACCUAUGAUGGAAAUAAUCCAGUGGCAUCUCACAUAAAUGUACCACUUUCUUAUUGCAACUCAGACUGCAAUUGUGAUGAAACUCAAUGGGAACCAGUCUGUGGGGACAAUGGAAUAACUUACAUAUCACCUUGUCUGGCAGGAUGUAAAUCUUCAAGCAUCAAUAAAAAGUCUAUAGUGUUUUAUAACUGUAGUUGUGUGGAAGCAACUGGUCUCCAGAACAAAAGUAACUCAGUGAAUUUGGGUACAUGCCCGAGAAAUGGUGAUCACUGUAUUAAAAAAUUUUAUAUUUACAUAGUAGUGCAAAUCCUGAAUUCUUUUACCACUUCAUUGGGAGCAGCCCCAACUGUCAUGCUGAUUUUUAAAAAUGUUCAACCUGAACUGAAAUCACUUGCGAUGGGUGUCUAUGCAUUCACUAUACGAACACUAGGAGGAAUGCUAGCUCCUAUAUAUUUUGGGGCUCUGAUUGAUAGAUCAUGUAUGAAGUGGUCCAUCAACAGCAAAGGGAAGCAAGGUUCUUGUAGGAUAUAUAAUUCCGAAAUGUUUGGAAAGACCUUCUUGGGCUUAAUUGAGAGCUUAAGAUUCUCAACAAUUAUUUUGUGUAUUGUAUUUAUUUAUGCUAUGAAAAGAAAAUAUACCAAGCCAUCAGAAAUUAGAAGAAAAUCUGUGAAUGAAGCAAACUUAGAAUUCUCAAAUAAUGAUGGUUGUUUUGCACCUUCUGCUAGAGGAGACUGUGAAACACACAUGUAA